GGCGGUGACACCGGUGUCCCCUGGCAGCCCAGUUCCCCGGCCUGCAGAGCAAGAUGCGGGUGGUGCUGCGGGUGGAGGUGGAGGCCGUCAAGUUCCUCAAGGAGGAGCCCAACCGCCUGGACGGGCUCCUCAAGCGCUGCAAGACCGUCACCGACACCCUGGCCCAGAUCCGCAGGCAAGUGGAGGAGGGCGUGUGGAGCUCCCCGAGCAGCCUGAGCCAGUCGCCCAAGAAGGUGGCCCCGGAGACGGAUUUCAGCAAAGGGCUGGAGCUGGAGAUGCCCACCAGCCCUCCCGUGAGCCUGCACCACCUGACGGCCGCCCCCGACCCCCUGGGGGUGCCCGGCUUCGGGCACAGCCCCCCGCAGCCCCAGAGCCACCCCGGCAAGAGCAAUAACCCCUCCCGAGCCCCGGAGAUGGUGCCCGCCAAGACCCAAACGGGGCCCGAGACCCCCAGCAAGAAAAGCGUGGACAAAGCGGUGUCGGUGGAGGUGAGAGCCCGGCACGGCCCGGUUUUUUGGGGGGAAUCCUCCGGAAG